ACUGCCAACACUGCCGUUACCGACUGCUGGUGUGCGGCCGCUGCUGUUUGAUGGUUUCCAAAGUUGUUAUCGUACACAGUUGAAAAAUAGCCAGCUUCGUCCCAUUACUGACGCGUGAUCGUGAAAAUACGCAGAUUCACAGGUCACUAGAGAGCAAUCAGAAAUCAGCUGCGGUUGAAUAGCAACAAAAUCGGCGACCAGAGAUAACAUUUUAUACAAACACAGGAAACAAUGCCCGGUGCGGUGGCAAAAUCGGUGGCCGAGUCCGACAAACACCUGAGCGAUAUUACUGCAAUCGUUUUCUCGCAGGAACACAUCUUCACGGCUGGCGGCGAUGGCAAAGUUAAGGUAUGGACUCAAGAUCUGACCUUGAAGAAAGAAAUCGCCGUUCACGAGGCUUGGAUCUACGCUAUGGUGGUCGACUCCAAGGGACAAAUCUACACCAGCAGUUGCGAUGGGACGAUUCGGUGCUUGAUCAAUCCAAUCCAAUCGGACGAAGUUAAGGAGCUGUUGAAAUGUAGCGACGAAAUCGAGUCGCUGUUUGUCGACAACAAGGACAACCUGUAUAGUGGGGAUGACAAAGGCAUCAUUACCAUGUGGGUGGAUCAGCGUAUCAAGUUCAAGUUUAAUCUGGUCGAGGAGGUGCGCUCAAUGGCUAUUCAGAACAACUUCAUCUAUUCGAUUCGGGACAAUGAUCUAACUAUAACAGAAGUGCUCGAAAGCUCCAACGUAGGUCGAUAUAUGACCAAAGCCUGCAUACCUGGCAAAUGCCCGGUAGCGCUGUGUGGACCCUGUGAAAAUUCUGUCAACAGCAAUGUGGCCAUCGCUACCCGUGACGGAUUAGGAUUAACACUAAUCGACAACAACAAAAAGAAUUCGUUUUCAGUACUAUGGACCAAAGAGAACGUCCACUCGAUGAUCAUCAACUGUUUGUUGGGUGCCAAUCAGUACCUGUACACAGCCGGAUAUGACGGGUUCGUGAAGCAGUGGACAAAUCUUGACAGCAAGGAACCACUAUUGGCAGGGGAAGUCAACACCGGUGGGGGUUGUGUGAAUGCGAUCUGCCUGGGGUCGGACGUCAGCACCGUGUACAGCGGCGGGGGUGAUGGUGUCCUGAGAUUGGUUAAGUUUUCCUAAUGUUCAGCCCAGCUCCUAGACUACG